AUCUACUCUCAAUAAACGCCGCACAGAGUUGAGCGUUCACACUUGCGCCGCAUAUUAGUCCAUUUUUGGGAGCAAAGAUUCUCGCGGCGGGGUGUUUGGUUUUUUUUAAGCAGCAGCUAUUCUUUCUUUGUUGAAGGACUGUACGGGGCAUCAAGACAUGUUUGCAUCUGGUUCUUUGUUAUCGCAUUUCUCUCUGCUGAAUAAGACGAAGCCCUGCAAGGACACUUCGGCUGUCUGCUGGAGUGAAUGAAGGUGACUCGGCUUCUGCGUCGCGGCAAUGCGGAGAGAAUCCAGGAGCAGAUCGAUCAAUUGAGUAAGACGUUUAGCAAACCGGCGGCAGUAUAUUGAUCAAUCAGCAUUUUAUAUCAGGGCAGUUUCUUCACUUGAUGUGUAUGCAUGAGUUCUGCACCGAAUGGGCGCAAAAACCGCCCCAGAACUGCCGGGACCAUUUUCCAGAUCGGCGGUAAAGCCCCGUCCAGAGAGUCGGAGCGCCGGGAGAGCAGCGAAGCUCUGCUUGCCGUCUCGGACUGCAGAAUGGUUGUCCAGGAGUUCAAUACACUUGUGGCCCUCUAUAGGGAGUUGGUUAUCUCUAUUGGAGAGAUUUCCGCUGAUUGUCCUUCUCUUCGGGCGGAAAUGCACAAGACACGCACAAAAGGCUGUGAGAUGGCACGAACAGCACAUCAGAACCUUUCUGCAAUAUCAGGCCCAGAAGAUGGAGAAAUCCAUCCGGAGAUCUGCCGCCUCUUCAUCCAGCUGCAGUGCUGUCUGGAGAUGUACCUGACGGAGAUGCUGAAAUCUGUGUGUCUGCUGGGGUCCCUGCAGCUACACAGGAAAGGAAAACAUUACUUAGGAGCUACAAAGUUGGACAGUAGGAAGGAGGACAGUUCUGACAUUCCGAUCCUGGAAGACACGUCCUCCACUCCACCGGACUGUCCGCACACGUACUUCCUGGUGGCCACAGACAUUGAGAACAUCGAGAGGGACAUGACAGAAAUGAAAAAUCUGCUAAGCAAACUCAGGGAGACAAUGCCUUUACCGCUGAAGAACCAAGAUGACAGCAGUUUGUUGAAUCUGGCGCCAUACCCCAUGGUCCGGCAGAGAAAGCGGCGGUUCUUCGGUCUCUGUUGUCUGGUGUCCAGUUAAGAUCUCUCUCUCUCUCUCCCACAAUUCAGUCACGAAUGACUGCGAUUUAUCACAAUGUGUGACACUCACCAAUCAACAGUACUACUGCCAUUUCCCAAACCAGUGCUUUCUUUUGGUGAGUUCUGUCCAGUUUCUUACAGCAAUCAACAUUAAUACCUGUAAUAUCUGUGUAAUCAGUAGUCAUGCAAACACUCUAUAAUAUUUGAUCGAUAUGACCGAGUUUCAUUUUGAAAUGAAUGUUCAUCUACAUUAUGCUUAGUAAAGGUUUGUAGUAUGAAUACUGCUAUGUUCGUACAUCAUUCAUAUGCUGUGCUUUUUUUGUCAAGACAGGUGUUGUAUUGAGGCGUCCGAGAGUGCUAAAUAGAGCAAAAGAUUCUGAUGCUAAACCUUUAUAAUGCUUAUCAUUUUUUAAACACUGCACAACACCAUCGAAUGCGGUAACUGUUGAUUCUUUGGAUAAAAUUUUAUUUAUAUACAUAUUCUUUGGCUGUUACCAUAUUUUUACAAGGGUAUUAUUUAGUCUUCCAUAAACCGAAAAUCCUGUAACUCUUUAUUUUUGUUCCUUUUGUUUCAGCCUUUAGGAGUAUACAAUACCUGAAGAAGCCUUUGUAAAUAAGAAUAUAUCUAUAAAUGGACAUUUUAGAGAUGUACAUAUACAAUGUAAACCUAGCGCUCUGAAUUAUUUUUCGAAACUGUGAUUCCUUUAAAGAGAUUGUCAGUAAAGGGUGGCAUGUCUAUCCAUCUGGUGUGAUAUAAGUCCAGAUUGGAGGGGCUCAGCAUGGGUCUUGCUUAUUAAUAACAGUUCUAAAUGUGUCAGGCAUGGUGAAGAUACUGUAGUGUUCAUGAAAAGGCGCAGUGUCGUUUUACAUUGGUAAUAAACCUUUUUUUAAUGAUUUAA